UGCUAACCUCAGAACGACGUGGACUCAAGGAAGAACGCUUACGGAAUAAAAUUAAUUAUAUACAUAUUUUUAAAUCCAAAAAGCCUUUUUUUAUUUAUGUAAAUAUACGUUACGUCUUCAUUGUAUUUCUUGUCCUUUUUAACUGCAAGUUGUUUGUUGCAUUUAUUCGUUCGCGUUUUAUACAUCUGACGAGACAAAUAGCUAGCUUGCUGUGUUGUUAGACAGUAACUGUGAAGCAAUAAUCCAGUCGCUAUUAUAGUGCAGCUAUUGAAUUUUCCCGUAAAAGAAGGCGGAUUUAAAAAAAUAAAUCCAAAAGACCAUCAAAAAUUACCACUGAAGUAAAUUAACUGCGGAGUAUCUCAAGGAUGAAACAAGCCACGGCCAAAACGGAAAUGAGCCGUUUUAACAUUUCCCCAGAUGAAGAAAGUAGCUGUAGUUCAAACAGCAAUGAUUACAGCUAUCAGAAAAAGGUCCCUAAUAGCAGUCAAUAUCAGGAUAUGGAAGCAGAGAAUCAGAAUUUCCUGCCAGAACACCACCUUGGGAAAAAGAAGUAUGAGACCGAAUAUAGUCCGGGUACUGCCUCUUUUGGGAUGUCUGUCUUCAACUUAGGCAAUGCCAUCAUGGGCAGUGGGAUCCUGGGCCUGUCCUACGCCAUGGCUAACACAGGCAUUGCUCUGUUUGUUAUCCUGCUUGUGGCCGUGUCCAUCUUCUCCCUCUACUCUGUACACCUGCUGCUAAAAACGGCCAAUGAAGGAGGGUCAUUGGUGUAUGAGCAGUUGGGAUAUAAAGCCUUUGGGAUGCCAGGAAAACUGGCUGCUUCCUGCUCUAUCACCAUGCAGAACAUUGGAGCCAUGUCCAGCUACCUAUACAUUGUCAAAUAUGAGCUGCCUAUCGUGAUCCAGGCCUUUCUAGGCAUGGAGGAGAAUACUGGAGAGUGGUAUCUGAAUGGAGACUACCUUGUGCUUCUGGUCUCUCUGGUGAUCAUCUUGCCACUUUCAAUGUUGCGGAACCUGGGUUACUUAGGUUACACCAGUGGCUUCUCUCUACUGUGUAUGGUCUUCUUCCUGAUUGUGGUUAUAUGUAAGAAGUUUCAGAUUCCCUGCCCCCUGUCAUUAGAUCAGGAUGCACUAAACAUUACCUUGAACAACACUGGCUAUCACCCGAGCAGCAGUAUCCAAGACAGGCUGCAGAAUGCCGCAAUCCAUGAUGAUGAGGACGUGUGCCGCCCUAAGUAUUUUGUCUUCAACUCCCAGACAGUGUAUGCUGUGCCAAUUCUCACAUUUGCAUUUGUGUGCCACCCAGCAAUCCUGCCAAUGUAUGAGGAACUAAAGGAUCGCUCCCGCAAGCGGAUGCAGGGCGUGGCCAAUGUGUCUUUCCUGGCUAUGUUCAUCAUGUACCUUCUGGCAGCUCUCUUUGGCUACCUGACCUUCAAUGAACAAGUUGAACCUGAACUGCUUCACACCUAUUCCAAAGUAUACAAGUUUGAUGCAGUCCUCCUCGUGGUGCGUCUGGCAGUUCUGACUGCAGUCACCCUGACAGUCCCUGUAGUCCUCUUCCCGAUUCGCAACUCAGUGAAUCAGCUCCUCUGUGCCUCCAAAGACUUCAACUGGGUCCGUCACUCACUCAUCACCAUCCUGCUGCUGGGGGCAACCAAUGCUCUGGUCAUCUUUGUGCCCACCAUCCGUGACAUCUUUGGGUUCAUUGGUGCCUCUGCUGCUGCCAUGCUGAUCUUCAUCCUUCCUUCUGCCUUCUACAUCAAACUUGUCCAGAAGGAGUCCAUAAAAUCAGUCCAAAAGAUUGGGGCCACCAUCUUCUUGUGCAGUGGCAUCUUGGUCAUGAUCAGCAGCAUGUCCCUGAUUAUCCUUGACUGGAUCCACAAUGCUUCUGCCUCUGGCAAUGGCCACUAGGUCCAGGGGAUCUGCCACCCAGCUCCUCACUCCCCUUGCUGCUGUCUCAGAGCAGAGCUGGAAAUCCUUUGAACGGACAACCUGGGUCAGAAAGACUGCAAUGAUCAACAGCUGCACUGGGCAGCAGUGUGUGUGUGUGUGUGUGUGUGUGUGCUUAUUAUAUAUAUACAGUACCAGUCUGGACACACCUGCUUAAACCAGUUUUUUCAUGAUUAAACAUGCUUUAAACUGUAUGAACUUGUCUAUAAACACUUAAUAUUUCAUUAUAUCAUAUAUGUACUUAUAUAAGCAGAUAAUCUUAAGUGGAUUGCAUUCAAACGUUUGAUUUUUCAAUGAAAAUGGAAAUCUUGUAAGCUCAUUGGGAGGGGGGUGCAUUGUUUUGUUAUUUAAAUAUCUUGGUACAUAUUGGUGUUCAUGAUCACAUCUAUCUUAAGAGGUUCUCCAGGACCUGUAGAAUUUUUCAUAUUAAAAAAAAAUAAAGACCACCUGCCAUAUUUCAAAAUGCAUGGGGUAUAUUCCUACAUCAUUUUCACCACAUGCAGUACCAUAUAUUUCCUAAGGAGGGUGUAUAAGUACAGAUAUCAUAUAAUGAAAUAUAAAGAGUUUAUAGACAAGUUUAUACAGUUUAAAGCAUUUUUAAUCAUGAAAAAACUGGUUUAAGCAGGUGUGUGCAAACUUUUGACUGGUACUGUACAUACAUACACACACACAUACACUCACCAUUCCCAGAGGAUGUUAUGAACUGUGUACAGGCAUGUACAGUAUACUUGUAGGCUGCAAAAUUGGCAGUUUUUCUUUGUUUUUUGUUUUAUUUGUUUGUUUCGGUAAAGUGUAAACUUUUGAUUGUGCCUCAAGUGAGGACAUACAAGUCCCUCUGUUCCAAAACAGAAGAAGAUAAUGGAUUUCUCUGGGUGCUGAAGGCCACAACUAUACAGUUGGUACUGCAUCAGUCACAUGGGGCCUCAUUUAUAAAACGGACUUACGAUCAAUUUUGAUCUUAAGUAUGACUUAUGCAGAAAAUCACGUAUAAGUAGUUAUUUAUAAAACCUUACUUUGACGUGGAAAUGAUCUUAUCUCUGCGCAAAGUCUAGACUUGACGUAAGUGAUUUUCCUGCUGGCUAUGUAGGAGUAUUGCAGUUUGGGACGCAUAUGUGUCCAAGCCUGUGGUGAACUUUGCAUUUGCUUUAUGAACAAUUUGUUCACUGCAGCGGCAACACACUACCAAGCUACCUGUUUGGCUUUGUUUGUCAACCCACUAUUUAGUCCACCGAAUAAUACGUGUUGUCUGUCUUCAAUCUCCUCUACCAUCGCCGUGAUCUCGUCUUCCAAAAAGUUUGCUUUUCUCUUUUGGUCCAUGGUUAUUUCUGACUAAACCCUCAUUUGUACUAGCAUUAUAUAAGGGGAAAUCACUUAUUGUAAAGCACGUCCAGGUGCCGUCUAUUUUAAGUUAAUUUGAGAUCUAUAGAUCAUAGGUGCGUAAGUUACACAUGGGCUUCUUAGAACCUGCGUAAGCAAGGUUUUUUAUGCUCAGUAUCUUUUAUGAAUCGAAUGUAAGCACACCAUCGGACAUGAUCUUAAGACUAAGUUCAAAUAUAAAUCUAAGAACAUUUUUAUAAAUGAGGCCUCUGGAGCUGGGAUGGGUGUGGGUUCUGAACUUAAGAGCCUUAAGGUCAGAAGGACUUCAUCAAAAAUGAAACCAUUUGGCUGUUUACUUCCUUUUUUUACUUUGCCAAAAAACAUUUGUAACUGGUGACUAUACUUUUAAUUAUGUAACUGUUCAGCUCACCCUACAUUGCUGUUUGUUUAUGGAUCAAUUUAGCAGAAUUUACCAUCAGGCUGUUUUGAAUUUGCUGGCGGACAUAACAACAGCUUUAUUUAUGAAAGAAUAAAUCCACAAAAACUUGAAAUUCUGCCGAUCUCCCAGAUGUGGCAGUGGCAGUGUUAAAACAUUUGAGUGCAAAGACCACACAUAACCAAAACAUUCAUACAGAGUGGCAUCCAAACAGCCAAGCGGAAUCACAAACCCAAGUGCUGGGACAGACCAUCUCUUUGGAUAUAGUAGGACGAGUAGAGGUUCUUGUAGAGUUCAUUACAGCUUAAAACAUAACUCCAACUUCAUAUCUAAUAAUUCUCUGAAUUAGUGUUGGGGGUGCUUGAAGGAUUCUACACUACUAACUUGUUCAAAUGAGCCAACCCGUACAGGAACAUAACAUUCACAGACACACGGUUACCUCUCUUCCUUCGCAAACCUUACGCACCCACAAUAACUACUACUGUCCAGUUAUUUAUGGAACAACAAGAAAUCAAUGUAAUUUAAUCUAUUUUACUAUAUUUAUAUAUUGUAUAUAUGUAUAUACCAGCUGAACUGUAUAUAAGCUUUAUUUUUGUUUUAUCUUUUGUCAGUUAGCAAAAAUGUGUUGGAACUGUAUAAAUGAUAAGUUACACUUAUGUACUUGUCAUGUGAAUUCCCCACCAUCUUCCAUAUUGAGGAAUGGGCCACAGUUAGCUUUUUUAACUGUAGAAAAAUCCAUUCCUCAUAGCACUAACUCUUUCAGAAGGAUCAUUACAUCAGAGUGUACAGGCAGAAGAUUUACCACCCCUGUUCGAUUUCCAGUUUCCAGUGAUUUGUGUUGGCAGUAGAAUUGGUGUGUCCUGCGUUUCUGUAUACAGUAUUAAAUGACGUAUGCAAAUGAUGAAAGUUUUGGAGAGUGUAUGUGCUAGCCGGUUACCCUUGGGCAAAGAGGGAGCAUUCCUAUCUGUGCUCUUGUUUCAAUGAAACAUUAUGUAUAUCAUGUAAUUAUUGUCAUAAUAAAACCACAGGUAAUUCCUUAAA